GCACGGCUAAGAUGAUGGUCUCUUGUCUGCUCCUCUCCAGCAUCUGGACCGUUGCGUCAGCCAUCUCGGACCCCAAAGUGGAGGCUAAGCUUAUACCCACUCCAGACAAAGCUGAGGGCUCUGAGAAAGUGGUGGGGGUGAGCUGCUCAGCAACAGGGAAACCAGCUCCAAAAAUCAGCUGGCGCCUUCCCAGCAUCCUGCAGCAGAAACCAAGGGAGUACCACGUCAGGCUCAGCAACCAGACCGUGACUGUCAUCAGCAAUUUCACCCAUGCCCACUCCAAAAUCCUCCAGGAGCACCCCAUUGCCUGCGUGAUCCAACACCCGUCUCUAAACGUGACCCUGGUCCUGCCCAUGGACACCAUGGCAAAGGGUCCCGACAGCAGUGUGUCACCAGCCGUUGUCAUUGCAGUGGGCGUGCUGGUCCCCCUGACUUCCCUCCUCCUUCUCACCUGCCUCCUCCACCACUGCCUCAGGCACCUACGUGACGGGGAGAGAAACCCAGCCCAGCCAUGCUGGGUCCUUCCCACCUGUACCAAGGCCAAGAAGUGCGGGCAGUACGGAGCUGCAGGCAGGUGGGCUCCCGAAGUGCCCCCGAGCCCUGGCGCGCCGCUGAACACCUGAGCAGCUGCCCACCCUGCGCCUGCAAGAGAGAAACUUCUUACAAUGGCACCUCGGGCUUCCAAGCAAAACCUUCUGUGACUU